AUGAUUGACGUAAUCUGCCUUCUACUCAUCCUAAUGAUCAUUCACCUUUCGAUCGGUUGUAAAAGUAAAGGCGCCGCUGGUGACGAAUCUGAAGUGCAGUCGACGAAAUCUUCGCAAGAACUUCCGAAGGAGUCGAAAGAAAAGCCUCCACCUUCAUUAAAGCUCGCGACUUGCUUAGAUGAUGAUCACCUCGAAGUACGCCCAACCCAGGCAGAUGAUGACGAUAAUCCAGAACUAGGGGGCAAAAUAUGGGAAGAAGCUGGUGACAUUGAGGUAGACGCGAUGGGCGUCACAGUGGUUUCGAAAGAGCCCAUAAAGGGAAAGGAGAAGCUAAAGGAGAUCGUUGUGGCAAAGAAGAAGGAGGCUGAAGAGGUAAAGGUUGAAAAACCUCGAGAAAAAGAGGAAAAGAAGGAGGAAGAGAAGAAAAAGGAAGAGGAAGAAAGUCAACCAAAGGCUAAGAAGAAAGAACCGGAGGAUAUGUGGGACCUUUUCAAGGAAUUGCAAGAAACUCAACCGGACUUGAUUGAAUACAGUUCGAUCAUAGCACCAGUGACGUUUGAUAUGAUGGCACAGAAGGGGGGCGAUCUCAAAGCAGGUUCACUUGGCGAUCUGCUCAGCCAGGUUAACAAGGCCAAAUCAGCAAGAAAAGAGCGCGAAAAGAACAACAAAACAAAUAACGUAAAGCGAGUGGCCCUUGAGCGGCCGAAAGCGGAGCAAAUGGUUGCUGAGCCUAAGCCUUCAGAGUCAGCGAAAGAACUUCUCGAAACACCUUCAGCUCCAACUCCUGUCAGACUAGCCAUAUCGCUGAAUAAAGCACCUUCACCGAAAACGAGCACCACGCAAAAAGCCAAGAGUGAAAUAGUAAAAGGGACUUCGGACAAAAAAAGCAAAAAGUCGGCUAAAGUUGGGAAGAAAGGCAAAGAAACCACGAAGAGGCUCGCUGUUAUUAAAGAGAAAGCAGAGAAAAAAACGGCGGCCAAACCUGCUGGUUCGAACAAGACGAAGAAAAAAGGGAAAAAGAAAAAGUGA